GAUAAUGUAGUCCACUUGGACUGGGAGAAUGCACCUGCUGACCAUGCGAUACUAACGGUCAAAUGGACGCUAAACCAAAUCAGCUACCACGCAAAACGGCCGAAAGCCGGACUCAUCACUCGUGACGCCGAUAAGCCAACUACAAAGGCAUGGCUGAAACUACGUAACGAACUCAAGGAACGUUUUCGCAAGAUACCAGUAAAAAUACAUCUACCAAUUCAGAACCAAUUGCUGUGGGAUCAAUAUAGGAGGUGCAACGGACAGGAGGGCUUAACUUUAAUGGACGAUGAAGGUAAUGACCUGAAUCCGGAAGAGGCCAGAAGACAGCUGGCGAAGAUGCUACAGGACCGAUGGAGUCAUGCUGAUGGAAAGCAUAUCCCCAAACGGACUGAAUCGCAGUUUGGCGAGGGCUUCCCUCCAACUACGCGCGAAAUCUUAAAGGCGAUCAAGGCAACAAAUAGGAAAGCUGCAACCGGACUGGACGGAAUACCCGCUAAAUACGUUGACCAGAUACCCGUCGAAGACAUCCAACAACUAACGGAGCUGAUCUGGCGGCACACGAGUAUCCCCAGACAGCUGGUAGACAUGAAGGUUAAACCAAUACCCAAAAAAGACUCGAGAACCACGGUUCAAAACACACGACCGAUCACCAUACCAUCGACAGUAAUGAAGAUAAUCAACCAAGUCAUACUCGAGAGCAUCACACCGUAUAUUGAAGACAAGCUGCUACCGCAACAACACGCUUACAGGAAAGGAAGAGGCACCGCUACGGCCAUCACAGAACUCUUCACAAAACUGAAACAACCAGGACAGACACUACUGCUACUCGACCUAUCAAAAGCCUUUGAUACUGUUAACCACGCCGCACUGUUUGCUGCCCUCAAGAAAACUGGGCUGCCAGCUAAGGAAUACAAUCUCGUCAGAGACCAAUAUGUUGACUGUGAAGUCAGAAUACAGUGGGCAAAGAGGUUCGCCCAACCUUUCCUGCUUAGAAAUGGAAUAAGGCAAGGCUGCACCUUGAGUACCUCACUCUUCAACUUAGUUGAAGCCGAAAGAGAGCAGAAAUGCAGAGGAAAGAUACCGAAGUGGGUGAAUUACAGUGCCAUCAUGUACGCCGAUGACAAAGCUAUUAUAGUAGACAACCCAGAACAUAUCCAGACCAUUAUCGAAGUCAAUCAGCAAACAGCAUCCGACUAUGGAAUGCGUCAGAACAAUGAGAAGACCGCAAAGCUUACUUUAGACAUGGACACAACGGAGAUCCGCACUGUAAAAUGGAUGGGGAUACUACUGGACAACAAGCUCAACAUGAACCCCGAAGUCGAUGCCAGAAUAAGAAAGGCGAAAGCAGCUGCCACAACUUUCGCAGAUACGGUCAAAACUAUACCACCCUCAAUGCUAGCUGCAAGGGUAAGGAUUACCGGCGCCUGUGCUGUCAUACUACCGCACCUACUGUACCUCUGGAGAGAGAUACCCUUUACACCACAGCAAAGAAGUACGAUGACAGACGUAGCAACUCAACUACUUGCUAAGGUACUGGGCAACACCAGUGGGGUGUCAGCUAGAACAAUCCUACAGCAUGUGGAGAACAUAACCAAGGGGCUCACACCCAGAAUGAAGCAGAUGGCGGAAAUACCAUGGGAGCUACAGAAGGACACCUAUGCGGAUCUGAGUAUAGCUCAAACAAGUGAUUUCCACAAGCAGGGGCAAAGUGUUACUGUCAAAAAGAGUGGUUUAUCUGUUUAUCCCCCUAAAAAUUCUGUCCUCCUAUUUUCUGAAUAA